AUGGCCGAGCAGUCGCAGGGCCGCGGCAACCUGACCGUCCCCUCGCCGUUUGUGCAAGUCUGCGACCGUUGUCGGUGGAAAAAGAUCAAGUGCGAUGGCCAACGUCCGUGCGGUAAUUGUCGCCGCGCCAACCUCCCCUGCGAGACGCGUGCCCGCCUGUCGAAGCACUCCACCCCUCGCUCCUACGUGCAAUAUCUAGAGGAGCGCAUCAGGCAGCUCGAGGGCCAGCGCGACUCCGCCUGGUCGCCGCAAGCAUCGGACUCGAGGAACAGUCCGUAUGGCAAGGCGCGGCUCCAGAGCAUCGAUUCCUCCUCGCAGAGUCCCGGCGGCCAUCCGAAGAAGCGAAGUCUGCCCGACUGGACCGUCCUGAAGGAGCUCGGCACGCAUGUAAUUGACGAAGAUGGCUUCACUCGCUACAUGGGCCCCUCCUCCGGCGUCGGGUUCGCCGCCAGGAUUUUACAAGAAAUCAUGGACGACGACCAGCCUGCCGACCAGGACUACUACAGCUUGUUUAGUAUCGACGACUUCUCCCGUGCUCGUGCGCUCGCCGCGACAGACCAAUUGCUGUGGGAGGUAGUCCCUACCAACCUACCACCACGAGAGGCGGUCGACAAGGUCUUCGACGAUUUCUUCAAGUUCACCGAGCGAAUCUUCCCCAUCCUCCACCGACCUACGUUCGUGCAAGUCGUCGACGAAUUAUAUUCCCUCGAGAGCAUCGGCAUCGAUUAUUACGAGGUCCUGGCGCAGUUCUAUCUCACCCUCUCCAUCGGGCAUUGCUUCAAUUUCCAGGUGACCUUCGAGCAGCGCACCCAAAACCAGAUUCGCGGCCUGCAGACUGGAGUCCGCUGCUUCUACACGGCCCUGCACACGCGAAGAGAUGGCCUGUCUCGAUUGCAAACCUUUGCUCUACACUCCUACGCUUUGGUUUUGCUGCGGCAGCGGAGUGAGGCGAUGCGAGUGAGUGCCAUGGCUAAUACGAAGGCGCUGGAGUGCGGACUGCAUCACGACGGCGCUGCUUUUGCCGGUAAUCCUCUGGAGACCGAGAUGCGUCGGCGCGUGUUUUGGUGUGUCUUCAUGCUGCAUCUUUUCAAUAGUUCCGUCGAGGGCCUACCGCGGGCUCUGCACGAGGUGGACAUCACCGUCCUAGAGCCUACAGACGUAGACGACGAGCAGCUCACCACCACCGAAAUCCGGCAAUCUAUCCCGGGCCGAAGCAAGAUCCACCGCUUCGUCUCAGUAUGCAGGCUUUCCCGCAUCCUGUCCCGCGUUCUGGACGUCCUCUACUCGCACAACAAAAGAAAGCAUGCGUCGACUCGCAUCGAGCAGAUGAAUCGUCUCUGCUGCGAGCAUUUGCUUGAUCAGCUGGACUUUAGUUUCGAAGAGACGCCUGACGACAUCCCCGAUCCCGAUACUGAGGAUCCUGCUGAACUGGCCAUCCUCGCCUCUUACGCCCACGAGCAAAUACUGUACUACUAUAUUCGCUGGCUCAUCCACCGCCCCGGCGUCACGCUCUCUCGCACCGAUCCCCAGUUCGCCCUAUCCCUCCAGAUCGCCACCGAAGCCGCCGCAGGCCUCCUCCGCGUGAUGAGCACGUACAAACGCGCUUGCGCCUUCCUGAACGCCAACCCAGCCGUCCCGCCCUGCACAAUUUUCAUCGCCGCGCUAACACCCCUCUACCGCACGACCCUCCUCCGCAGCCAAUCCGGCACCCUCUCAGCAAUCGGCUACUCCGCCGAAGCAGACUUCACCGCCUGCCAAGAAGCAGCCGCCAUCCUGGCGGAGAAAUCGCACUGCCACUCGGACGUCGUGCGCCGCCGCGUCCUCCAGGACCUCGUGCGCCGCGUCUUCUCCCAAGACGGGCUGGAGCGUACGUCCUCCCCUUCUCUCUUGCAGAACCCCUUCCCGCCCCACCACGCUACCGCUGCCGCUGCUUCUUCGCGCUCACAUGUGCCGUCUGCGACGGCGUUUGCAGUCAGUAGGCAGUCGACUAUUCGAUCCAACUACGAAAAGGAAGAGGAGCUGUCGCCGGACGAUGCGGCGGGUGAGGCGGGGGAGCAGCAGCAGCAAGGCCAGCAGGAGUCCAGUGCUGGCGCCCAUGCCGGGCCGAGUAGCGCGUUUGGCUCGAUGGACUACCAGGAGCAGCAAAUCGAGCACUACACCGCGCACGAGGACUUGCGGAAUUUGGUGCACGAGGCCUUUUCCCCUGGCCUCUCUGGGCCCUGGGCGUCUGGCGGGAGUGGUGGAGAGGGAGGAGGGGGAAGUGGAGGUGGAGGAGGGGGACCGGAUUAUUACUAUCAAUAG